UGUUGGAUCGUAGUUAGGCUCCGUCAGAGCCUAAAUUCAGCAGAAGGUCUGAAUUUGAACUAUGCCUUUUCAGAUUUCAGACUUCCGCGUAUGAAGUUAGGUUUUGGUAGAACCCAACUUUAGACCCUCUAAAGAACAAUAAACAACAUGAUGUUCAGGUUGAAGUUCACCAGAACUGGAAAAUAAUUUGCAUCAGGUAGCCAAUUUUACAUGCACAAUUAAAGUUAUAUCCAAUUUUUUUCCAAGUGCUUAAUUUGUAGUCAGCGUUGGCAAACUUCAGACCUGUGUCAUGGCAACUAGUGGAUUUUAUAAAGCGCGACUGAUAAUGUCAAAUUCAGAUUUACAAUUAUUUGUCUGGUUUUUUGUGAAUGAAAAGUUGGUAGUUGACUUACAAAGAUAAGUUCACAUCUCAUCUUCAGAUGUACGUACCUAUGAGAUAAAUUAAAGUCAACUGGAUUUAUUAACUUAAUUGCAAGUUGAUGACAUGCCAGAAAAAGUCAACACUUUGGUAUAGAAUUCAAAGUGGGAAUGCAUCUAGAUCUAGUACUUCCCAAUUCUUGACUAGUAUUCUUAUAAACAAAAUAGUUUUCUGUAACAUGUUCUUCCAUAGAACAAAGGCAAUUCUGAAAUUUCUCAAUCAUUUAAAUUCCAAGUUCUAUAUCUGUUGCAUUUUUCUCUCCAACUUUAUUAUUACCCGUUUUAACAACAAUAUAUUGCGCACCACUCUGCAAGAAGUUUUCGAGUUUGCACUUCCACAAAAUCAAGAAAACGUCAUGCUGUUUAUGCCAAGAAAAGGCACAAUUUCUGAGUCCAGUAUGACCACAAGUUUAGAAGAAAUUGUGGGAUUUGAGGAUGAGACAGCAGAGCUGAUACAUCAACUUGUAUGGGGUCCGAAACAUUUAGAUGUAGUCACCCUUGUUGGAAUGCCAGGAAUAGGCAAGACAACUAUGGCGAAGAGAUUGUAUACUCAUAAUGAUAUUAUCAGUCGUUUUGAUGUCUGUUCGUGGUGCACCAUUUCUCAAGUAUAUAAUAAGAGAAAGACAUUGUUUGAGUUAUUGAGUAAUUUGGUUCCUCUUUAUGACAACACAAGGAGCAAUGAUGAACUAGCUGAUCAGUUGCGGAGAUGUUUGCUGAGGAAGAAAUACUUAAUUGUCAUUGAUGAUUUAUGGAGCACUGAAGUGUGGGAUGACUUAAGGAGAUGUUUUCCGGAUGAUUAUAGCGGUAGUAGAAUCAUUUUGACAACUAGACAAGACAAAGUGGCUUCUUAUACUGAACUAUCUAGUGCUGCUCGUCAUCUUCGUUUACUUACAGAUGAAGAAAGUUGGUGCUUAUUGCAGAAGAAAGUACUUGGAGAAGAAAGUUGUCCCCCAGAACUUGAUGUAAUAGGAGCGCAAAUAGCACAGAGCUGCGGAGGGCUUCCACUUGCUAUUAUUUUGGUAGCUGGUGUCCUUGCAAAACUCGACAAGAACAACGUUCGUUGGGGAGAAGUUGCGUAUGGUUUAAGUUCAAGUAUUUCUGGUGAUGAGCAAAAGUACAUGGACAUAAUCUACUUGAGUUAUAGACUUUUACCUGGGCACUUGACGAACGGCUUUCUUUACUUUGGAAAACAUUUUGAGGAUGAGCUUUUGGUUCGAGAGUUGAUACAGCUUUGGAUCGCUGAAGAAUUUGCAGUAGGUAACGAGUUAAUGAGUGCAGAAGAUGUAGCAAAGGACUACGUGAAGGAAUUAAUAGAUAGUAACCUUGUAAUGGUUGUCCGAAGGAGUUUCUCUGGUGAGGUGAAAGCGAUUCGUAUGCAUGAUCUGUUGCGUGAGUUUUGCUUGACUAGCUGUAAGAGUUACAGAUCACGCAACUCAACUGCUGCUGAGCAUGAGCGUGGCAUUUCACUUGAUUUUCGCUAUAAUUACAAACAAGCUGAAGAUUUAUAUCCCCAUUCUGCUAUCUGUCGAGUACCUUAUCAUGUUGAUGAUGUACUUAACCAGAACAACUUUCUCAUCUUUGACUGCAACAGUUUUCAUGCCAAACCUAGGAUUACAUCAUUGAGAGUGUUGGAUUUGGUAUGCGUUACAUUGAGCAAUGCAUACUACAUUCAAUUCUUAAUCAAUUUAAGAUUCUUGGCCCUGAAGGGGAAUUUUGAGGAAGAUCCAUCAUGGUUAUCCAAUCUCAAGUACUUAAAAACAUUGAUACUCAGGGAAUCGCGCAGAUUAGACCUAUCACAUGCAAUUUGGGGUAUGGUGAGCUUAAAACAUUUGGAAGUGACUGGUAAAUCAGCUGUCAUCAGGUGCCAUGUCCCAGAGUUCAAGAUGAACCGUCGUUUAACAAAAUUACAAUGGGUUUCCUUUGUACAGUUACCUGGAGGGGAAGAGUUCCAAGAGUUUGUGUCAAAAGUACCCAAUUUGGUAAAGCUGAGGUGCAUGGUUGAUGAACCACAUAUCGUUCAGAGAUGCAUUCAACUUCCGGGUUUAGACUCUUUGAAUAAACUCGAAUCACUUAAACUUAAAGUCUCUUUUCUAAACUGUGCUGCCAAGCGACUUGAGGUCAACUUCCCGAGGAACCUCAAGAAGUUGACCUUGUCAUCAUGUCAAUUACCAUGGAGUGAAAUUUCAGCAAUAGGGGGGCUAGAAAACCUGGAGGCCCUCAAUUUGGAGUCCGACGCUUUUAAGGGAACGCAAUGGGAUGUCAAUGAAGAGGAGUUCAAGAGUCUCAAGCUCUUGACAUUCUACAGCAUGAAUAUUCCACAAUGGAACUUUUCUGAUAUGUCCUUUCCUAACCUCCAGCAUGUGAUUUUCAUAAACAGCCAACUGAAAACAAUUCCUCGCAGCUUUGAAAACCUACUUUUGCUGCAGAUGAUUGAGGUGUCUUGGUGCAAAUGCAGUCGCGAUGCCUUAAACUCUGCUGAAGAGAUUAAGAGAACUCAUGAGGAUAUGGGAAAUCAUGAAUUCAAGCUUAUAAUCAAAAGUAGAGAGGAGGAUGUUGAUGAACUUGGACCGUCUUGGCAAGUUGAUGCGCAUCUGCAAAACUGGAAAUAUCUCUUCUGUUUACUUCUUGUUCUCUUCUUGAUCAUUUUUCAACAUUUUUUCAAGUUACUGAAGUAAUUGAAGUUAAGUUAGAUGUUGUAAUCUCCCAACUAUGUACCAACACCUUUUUCUUUUCCUCUUUACUUACUAGACAACUUGAUUGUUCUUCACUAACUUUGGUAUUUCAACUUUGUGAUUGUUAAUUAAUGGUCAAAACAUACCGGAACUAUUGCUUUUCA